GAGGGAAACUUUUAGGAAUGUGGCUGCUAUAGGAAGAGUCUUGGGUAACCAGGAAGCUGAAGAAGAAUACAGAAAUUACUGGAGAAAUCUAAGGACUCUGGGAAGCUGAUUCAAGAGGAUGGGAAAUUAAAGCUCAGCCUGAACAACUUAAUCAUCAAUGGAAAUCUCUCUCAAAAUAAGAAAUAAAAAAGCUGAAGAUGUAAUUGGGUGCUAAGACCUGUGUUUAAUUUCCAGCACUAAAAAGAAAAAGAAAUGUGCUGUAUAAUCAACCAUAAAAAUGAAUGAAAUGUCAUUUGGCAAAAGAAAUAGAUGGGUCUUCAUCCUUCAUAGUAUUAAGUUAAAUAAGUCAGACACAGAAUGUGAAAGGUCACAUGCUUUCUCUUACAUGAUAAACCAAAAAUAAAAGGAGUAAAAUAAAAGAGAGGUAAUUAAAAAAGGAAAGCCUGACUUUUUGGGAAGACAGACAAUGUAAGGAGAAGGGGGAGAGUGAUGGGGGGAAAGGUAUCAAAAUGGUCAGUAUGUGAUAUACUUAUGUACCAAUUGCCCAAAAUGAAUCUAAGCCUUCUGUAUUGUAAAAUAUACCAAUUUAAAAUUUUCCAAAUGAGUAUCACUCUUGGAAAUGGCUGAUUUGAUACUAUCCUCCAGGGCAUUCAGUUCAUUCAUUGUCAGAAUUUCUUAGGAGGCAUCAAAGCAAAUGAUUAAUAUGGAGACCCAUUAUACUGCAACUAGUUUUUGGUUGUUUUUUGUUGUUGUUGUUGUUGUUGUUGUUGUUUUCCUCUACAGAAGUGAAGAGGUUGAGAAAUGCUGUCAGAAUAAAGGCUGGAAUCAAUAUGCAGAAAUAUUCAUUCCAGAUGCUAAUGUGGACAUGAAACAAGCUGGUAUAAAACAGGCUGACGGCCUUGCUUGUGGAAAUCCUCUGAUUGGGCAUUUGUCACUAAAUGUACCCAUCAUAACUCAUGCUGGACUAAAGACAUCUGAGUAUUUGGGAUCAGAAGAGAAGCUGAGUAAAUGUAAUGAACAUGAAAUACCCUACAGUGAUUUCCAGUCCUUUCAGAAGGAUGCAAGGAGAAAGACUGAAGAAAAACCCUGUAAAUAUAAUCAGUGUGGGAAAUCCUACUCUGAUCUUAGUGAAAGAACUCACUUUAGAGAGAAGACCUUUGUAUAUAAGAAAAAUUCUAAAGCCUCCAGCACACCCAAUGAUGGUCAGAUCUAUGAAAUAAAUCACCAUGGGGGGAAACCCUAUGUAUGUAAGCAAUGUGGGAAGGCUUUUAGUACCCAAAAUUAUUGUAAAAUACAUGAAAGAAUUCACAGUGGGAAGAACUUCUAUGUUUGUAAGCAAUGUGGAAAAGCUUUCUACAGUUCCAGUCAGUGUAAAAUACAUGAAAGAACUCACACUGGGGAGAAACCCUAUGUAUGUAAACAAUGUGGGAAAGGUUUCAGCAGGCACAGUAAAUGUAAAACACAUGCAAGAACUCACACUAGGGAGAAACCAUAUGUAUGUAAGCAAUGUGGGAAAGGUUUUAUUUCACAGUAUUAUUGUAAAAGGCAUGAAAGAAAUCACACUGGAGAAAAGCCUCAUGUAUGUCAACAAUGUGGGAAAGCUUUCAGAAGGCUCAAUCAAUGUAAAAUACAUGCAAGAACUCACACUAGGGAGAAACCAUAUGUAUGUAAGCAAUGUGGGAAAGCUUUCAGUACUCGCAAAGAAUAUGAAAUACAUGAAAGAACUCACCCUGGGGAGAAACCCUAUGUAUGUAAACAAUGUGGGAAAGCUUUCAGCAGGCGCAGGGUAUGUAAAAAACAUGAAAGAACUCACAGUGGGGAGAAACCCUGUGUAUGUAAGCACUGUGGGAAAGCUUUCAGCACCCCUAGUUCUUGUCAUAGACAUGAAAGAACUCACAGUGGGGAGAAACCCUAUGUAUGUAAACAAUGUGGGAAAGGUUUUACCAAAGCUUGUUAUUGUAAAAGGCAUGAAAGAACUCACACUGGGGAGAAACCCUAUGCAUGUAAGCAAUGUGGGGAAGCUUUCAGUAGUCGCAAAGAAUGUAAAACACAUGAAAGAACUCACACUGGGGAGAAACCUCAUGUAUGUAAGCAAUGUGGGAAAGCUUUCACUCGUCCCGAUCAGUGUAAAAUACAUCAAAGAACUCACACUGGGGAGAAACCCUAUGUGUGUAAACAAUGUGGGAAAGCUUUCAGCAGGCACAGUGCAUAUAAAAGACAUGAAAGAACUCACACUGGGGAGAAACCAUAUGUGUGUAAGCACUGUGGGAAAGCUUUUAGGUCACAAGAUUAUUGUAAAAUACAUGAAAGAACUCAUACUGGGGAGAAACCCUAUGUAUGUAAGCAAUGUGGAAAAGCUUUCAGAAGGCUCAAUGAAUGUAAAAUACAUGGAAGAACUCACACUGGAGAGAAACCCUAUGUAUGUAAGCAAUGUGGGAAAGCUUUCAGUGUGUCUAAUGCUCGUUACAGACAUGAAAGAAUUCACAGUGGGGAGAAACCAUUUGUAUGUAAGCAAUGUGGGAAAGCUUUCAGUGUGUCUAGUGAAUGUUACAGACAUGAACAAAUUCACAGUACCGAGAAACCCUAUGUAUGUAAGCAAUGUGGGAAAGCUUUUAAUGUACAAAGGUAUUGUAGAAUUCAUGAAAGAGCUCACACUGGGGAGAAACCUUAUGUAUGUAAGCACUGUGGGAAAGCUUUCAGGUCACAAUAUGAUUGUAAAAUACAUGAAAGAACUCACACUGGGGAGAAACCCUAUGUAUGUAAGCAAUGUGGGAAAGGUUUUAGCAAAGCUUGUUAUUGUAAAAAACAUGAAAGAACUCACACUUAGCAUUAAUUCUAUGUAAGAAAGCAGUGUGGGAAAUCUUUUAGCAUGCCUGGAGCUUGUCAAAGACAAAAAACGAUGGGGAGAAACCUUACGUGUAUAAGCAGUGUAAGAAUUACAUAGAUCUAUUGUUAAAUAAAUGAAAUCUCACUGGAGACUAUAUAUAUAUAUAAGCAGGCAUAACUUUUUAUGUGUCUUUGAGCUUAAUAUGUAGUGUCUUGAUUAAGCAUGGUGAAUUGAAAUAUAUUUUUUACUUACAAGUUGAGUUAGUGUUUAUGUAGUUUUUGUUUAGUCUUUACAAUUGGGGAAGAUAGGCCACUAAAAAACUUAAUUUUGUUAAUUGCUUUUUGUUGUUGGGAUUUUGCCACUGCCUUUGUUUUAAAUUUUUGGUGUGUUUAGUCUGUAUUCUGUGUAACAGGAGAUAUUUUUAUUUUGAUGCCAUAUUUUAUGUUAUUUUCAGAGACUUAUGAACAUGUGCUUUUUGACAAAGUUCAUUUGUUUGUGCACAAUUUGUAGAUUAGCACAUUAUAUUUCUCAUAUGACAAUGCUUAUAUUCCAAUAUUGUAUAGUAUAUCAUGUGCAUACUUCUGCCUAUUUUUCUUUCAUCUUAGGGCCAGUAUUAUCAUUUACACAAAAUUUUGUUUUUAUCAUCAAAAUUUUUCUUGUUUAAAUUCUGGUGACUUAAUUUA